GGGGACAUGUCUAGGCAUUGUCGUUUAUGUUACACAAGAUGGCUGCUUGGAUGUGUGUUCUGCUGCUACUGUUUGUGGCGAUCACACCAGAAGGCUGUCCUCUAGGCUGGGUGCAAGGACCUAGUAGCUGCUUCUUCUUUAGUCAGUUUGGUGGAACGUGGGCGGAUGCGAACGCUAUUUGUAAAGGAUUCGAGACAAAACUUGCUGAACCAGCAGAUGAGAUUACAUUCGCUUUUCUGGCUGGACAUGCGGCGUCUGAACAUCCUCUUCAUAGUCAGUUCUAUCUCGGUGGAAGUGACAUGUUCGUUGAGGGCGUAUGGGAAUGGUCAUCAACGAAAACACAAGUAAACCCAAACCACUGGGAACCUGGAAACCCUAGUGACGAUAAUAACAACGGAGACUGUUUGACCCUCAAUGCUCCACUUAAGGAACUCAACGAUGUUCAGUGUACGGCUAUAUUUGCGUUCAUUUGCGAAGCAGAGUCAGGUGAACCGGAACAAGUUGUAAUUGGAUGAAGACGGACAUUAUUUAACAGGAAAUUAGUCUUCCUAUCUGGUUUGUUGAUGUUAACAAAAGCAAGACUAAUAAAAGUGUAU